CAAUGUAAAUAAUUUAAUCAAUACCUUAAUUAUAUACUGUCAAAAUGGAUAACAGACUUUUGUCUUAAAAUUCAGGGGAAUACAAAUUGUCUGUACAUUGGAUUUACUUCAACUGUUGCUCUGUUUAUCUGCAAUUUAUUAUGACUGAUUUAUGUCAUCUUUGAAGUCAAGUUCCCUUCAUAUUCAUUUGCUUGAAAAUUGUUAAAAAUCUACAGUGGUCUAAUUCGAAUUUCAUGGAAUUUGUAAAAAUAAUGAUUCCUAUGCUGCGGCAGUAGCAUUUCUUAAGACAAAACUCUCAACUAGAAAUAAUUUUGCAUAUCAUCAUUUCCCAUGAUACUCAGAAAAGCAAUGUUGCUGAAACGAUUUUGCACGACCACCAAAUUCCAGACAUUUUGUCUGAUAUUUUCUGUGUUUGGAAUGCUGCAUAUCAUGUCAAGUAUAUCAGAGUUGAAAAUUUUACAACUCAAAUCAUCAUCACCAGUGACAACAGUUGUGAAAAGUGGAAAUAACCCUGUUUACUGGCUUUCAGCAAAUAAUGCUGACUCUGGAUACAUGAACCAUGUCAAAGAAACUUUUAAAGCUGUAGGAUUUGACAGAUGGAAUGAAAAAUCUGGAGAUUGGGAUGUAAUGUGGUCGUAUGAAUACCCAUUCGGAAAAGCAAUAACAAGUACUACGUUGAAGCCACAUCAAAAAGUGAACCAUUUUCCUGGAUCUGGGUAUUUGACAAGUAAAGGGUAUCUCGCUAUGUCCAAAUCAAGGUAUAUUCCACUUGCGUUUUCUUUGCCACAAAAUUUAACUGAUUUUAAGAAAUAUAUUGAAAAGCAUCCGGAAAAAAUGUGGGUUCAAAAAAAUAAUAAACACAGGGGAAUUAAAAUAAAAACAAAAAAAGAACUUGAUUUUAGUGCACCUGACUCGUUUAUACAGGAAUUUGUGAGGAAGCCUUUUCUUGUGGAUAGACGAAAAUUUGACGUUGGGAUUUAUACUGUGAUUACUUCCAUUAAUCCACUAACUGUGUACGUCCUUGAUAAUGAAUGGUUGAUAAGGUUUUGCCCUGAAGAUUAUGAACCUUUCGAUUCUGGGAAUGUUAGAAAAUAUGUGGUUGAAGAUGACUAUACUCCAACUUGGGAAAUGCCAUCUUUAAAGACGGGUUAUAAGAAUAUGAAGCUUUCACACAAAGAGAGCUUGCUACAACAUUUAAAAACAAUCGGCCUUAACGAGAAAAAAGUUGUUGAUGAUUUAUAUGCGGCCGUGUCAGAGUUGAUUUGGGAAAAGCAGCCAGAUAUUAUUAGAUCAGUUGGGUAUUAUCCCUAUGGUACAAGAUCAUUUUUUGAACUUGUUCGUUUCGAUUUUGUUCUUGAUGAGGAUUUAAAUGUUUAUGCAAUGGAAGUGAACAUGUCACCUAAUUUAUCUAGCGGACAUUUUGCCGAUAACGCAAGAAUGUACCGACAAGUUAUAUUCAAUACUCUAUCACUAGUUGGAAUCGCAAUGCAAAGGGAACACUCCGCUACGAAAAAUAUAUUUGAAGAGGAGAUGUCUGUCAGUAAUCGCGAUAUCGUAGCUUACCCAGAAGAAUGCUUGAAAUGUAAAUAUUGCUUAGAUCAUAUUUGCAAACUAUGUAGUCAAUGUAUGGUAAUUCCUGUUGAAAAUAGUUUGAAAAUUGCGUAUAAACAUCAUGUUAACAGAAGAAAUUUCAAGAGAGUUUAUCCCAAACCACUAGGCGACAAAGAUUCUGCUUCAUUGUACAACCCAGUAAAAGAUAAAAGAUUAAGAACUGAUUUAGAUAAGAUGCUUGCUCUUUGGUAUAAAGGGAAAUGCUUGCAAGACCUUUCUUGGUGUAUUUGAGUCUCAAGUCCACAUUUGAUGAAUCAGAUGAAAACUUAUUUCAUCUGAUUCAAAAAAUUGCCUGACAUU